AUGGCUACUUACAUCUGUUCUUCAACAACUUCUUCAGGGAAGAAGUCAGCGUGGGUCCUGUACUUCCAAGAGGGUAGUAAGAAGCCGUCCAUGAUCUUCCAAGCGAUAAAACCAGGGACUAACAGACCCAUCAAUGGCAGCAAUUUUACAGGUUGCCUCUUCGAAUGCGACAUGUCCUCGGGCUCUCCAGAGGGUGACCUGAACCUUGACUGGAUGAUCGAUCUGAAGAAAGACCCGGACCCUGAUACACAGGUCGGAUGGGCCACACGAGUCAAACCAAGCGUUGGACCGGCAGACACUUGGAAAAUGGUGAGAGUCGUGGCCUCUGACGACAAAGUAAUCUAUAUCGCGGACGGCACCAAAUACGCGAACACGUAUGUUGUGCAAAGCCGUGGGGUCCUAAGCGUGGAGCACUUGAGGGCAAAUUUGUAG